ACGACCAGGAGCAGGAGCAACGAACAAAAAUGCAUUUCCCCUUUUUUCCAUUAUUAUUCGCUCUCUUUUCAGUUUCCCGAGAAGAUAUAAAAAUAUUCUCUUAAUAAAUCCCGUAUAUCGGGGCAGAUUGAUUUCGACCUCAACGACCCCCUUACAUAUUGGAAUUUCCCGUUAUACCGUUGGCUUCUCGCCGUGGGUAUUUUUCUCAUUUUUUUUUGUUGAUCGACAACAGUGUGUGUGUGUGCGUGAAAAUGGGGUCCCUAGAGCAAGAGCAAGUUGUUGAUUCUGAGCUUCAUGUUGACAACUCUGCUUCUGGACUCCUUAACAAGCAUAAUAGGGAGCUAGAGCAUCUGAGUCUGACGAACCAGCCACUAAAGACAGUGAAAUUCUUCGUUUUAGCUGUUCUAAAGUGUCUUCAAGAGUUCUCAGUUAACAGCAUAGUCAAGUGCAGUUGUCUUGUGAUCAUGCUGCUAGCAGCCGCAGGUGGGAUUUUGUUUUUGAAAAGUGGCAGGGCCUAUGAGGAGACACUGCAGCCGGUUCAGGAGCUUCUCAGCUAUCUUCGGUUUGGACUCUGGUGGUUAGCUCUUGGCGUGGCUUCAUCAAUCGGGCUGGGCUCUGGUCUGCACACUUUCGUCUUGUACUUGGGCCCUCAUAUCGCUCUAUUCACAAUAAAAUCUGUGAGCUGCGGAAGGGUUGACAUAAAGAGUGCUCCAUAUGAUACAAUUCAAUUACGAAGCGGUCCUUCAUGGUUGGAUAAGGAAUGUUCUGAAUUUGGUCCACCAUUGUUUUCUUCCCGCGCACGGGUACCAUUGACUAGUAUACUGAAUCAGGUUCAGUUGGAGGCUAUAUUGUGGGGUAUUGGAACAGCUCUUGGAGAGCUUCCUCCUUAUUUCAUCUCUAGAGCUGCUCGUAUCUCUGGUAGCGAAGGGGAACUUGUGGAAGAUUUGGAUUCUGCUUCAAAAGAAGAUAGUGGAAUUAUCAGCAACCACUUAAAACAGAUAAAACAGUGGCUUCUUUCUAACAGACAGUAUUUGAAUUUCUUCACAAUUCUGGUUCUUGCUUCGGUGCCAAAUCCUCUGUUUGACCUUGCUGGUAUCAUGUGUGGCCAAUUUGGUAUUCCAUUUUGGAAAUUCUUUAUAGCAACACUGAUCGGGAAGGCAAUUAUUAAGACUCACAUACAGACAGCAUUUAUCAUCUCAGUUUGCAACAAUCAACUGUUGGACUUGAUAGAAAAUCAAUUAGUUCGGGUGCUUGGUCUCAUCCCUGGAGUUGCUUCGCUUCUGCCAAAUAUCAUUUCCAAACUACACGUCGCUAGAGAGAAGUACAUGGCAGCAUCCCCUUCAGUGUCUAAUGUAAAGGCAAAAAAGUGGGAUUUGUCGCUUGGUUCAAUGUGGAAUACUGUUGUGUGGCUCAUGCUCCUGAACUUCUCAGCCAAGAUUGUAAAUACAACUGCCAAGAGCUAUCUCAGAGAGCAGCAAGAAAAAGAGUUGGCUGCACUUGAAAAUAAUCGUGCUAGGGGAUAACAGAUUCAUAGUAGUGCAGCAUGUGCAAGGCUCUAAUUUAGUUGCUGGUUGUUGAUUGAAAAAAUGAUCCUUUUAGUUGCUGGUAAUAGAUUGUGGAGUACAUUUUUGAAGUUCCAUAAUCUGAUUUCUUAUAUUGGAAAUUCAGCGCACAUCAGAGGGAGAGGCUUCUUUUUAUGUCCUCUGCCCCUACUUCAUGUAUACACCAAGAAUAGUCUGAAUUGUACUUGAACCAUAAUUCAAAGAAGAAAGUAUUCAGAUUGGAGGAAU